GAUUGAUACCUGGCUUGUCAUAAGAUAUAACAAAUACCUGGACUUGCGCUCACUGCAAGGUCUCCACGAACAAACAGCCCCCAAAGCCCCCGCAUAGCUGUCCAUUUAUGGGCUCACUAAGGAUUUAGUGCAGGCGCCACGAAGUUACGGGCUGCGAGAUAUCCGGCCAAGCCGCGCAUAGUCGUCGCGAUGGAGUCCCUCAUGGUGUCCUUUAAACUCCAGCUCUGCCAGGAACACUGAGCCUCUUCUUUGACGUCAGGGCUAAGUAGUCAACACUACUAUUUCGAAACAUUGACUGGCCUUCUUAUGGUGCUGGUAUCCUCAUCCUCCUCCUCCUCCUUCUCCAUUAUGACUUGAUCUGGCAUCAAUGUCAAUAUCACCAAUCUCACUUGCAUCAUGAGUGAUAUACUUUCUCUUCAGUCGCCUCCCGGCGAAUUCCAUUACUUCCCUCUCCUGCCGAAAGAGCUGCGCGAUAUUAUCUGGGAAUAUGCUGCCUUGCCUUUUGUGCCUGGAAUCCACUUCUUCAAUCUUCAAACAAUCAAGGAUCAAAGAAGCACGAAAUGUGUGCUGAGGGUGCCAUUGACGUCUGGUUUCACGGAUGGACUCGGGUUUGGCAAAAAUGCAUCCUCGUACCUAAAUGAUAUGUCGGUCUGGGACGCUUGCUGCGAAUCACGCCAACAUUUGAACGGUUUGCGAGCUAAGGAUCGGAUUGCUCAACAAGGCGGACACGUCUUGGCAGUCCCGAAUAUACUUGACGGACAGGAAUUACUGCCUUACAGUCCUCUGAACGGCUGGACUGUGGCUUCCGAGGAAGCAUGCCGGUGCUCGUACGGCUCCCAUGGUUCAAUGCGCAGAUUUCGCGAUGUUUAUCUAAAUCUGGAGCAAGACGUCAUCUGUCUGACGCUAGAUCUCAAUCACCUGACUUUCAGCCGAGACGGAGACGAGUUGCUGGAUAUACCCGAGUUGCGGGCUUUUAAGGACGACUUUCCUGUCCGAAGACUUGCACUACAAUACCACCCGGAAUGGGCCAGCGGUCUUGAAGGUCUCGAUUCGAGUCAAGAGGAUAUUCUCCAAGAUGUACUGCACAUGUUUGGGCAAUACUCACAUCUUCCAUUGUUGGAGUGUGUGUAUUUCAUAGAUUACCGCAUCACACCAAAGCAAGCAAUAGAGGCCCGUGCUGGCUCUUCCGGCAACACGGUGUUUCGAGGACGAGACAAGUCCUUCAUUGAAGUAACACGAAAUGACGACAGAUGGAGCCUUGCGGACGACCGACCUUUCCUUCUUGCCGAGGAACUGACUAACUCCCGCUCUAUCAGUCGAAGCUGGUAUCACGAAGGGUCUGAUGACGAAGGCCAGGACGUGGAGGGCACCAACGCGAUGAAACUGAUCGAGAAUUGCGCGAAUAAGUGGGGCUUGAACAAGGAUAAGGAGUGUCAGUUCAAGGUGCUGGCUUGUGUGCCUUGGAACUUAUGACACAACAAAGCCCAUGGCGUCAAGCUGAAAUAUGCGGACGACACAAUGUUUGAUAGAAACCUGUUUUGAAAUAUAAGGGUAUUCGAAGGCUUCUUUUCCAAAUCCAAGUGUCAAUCAUGGCGCACUCAUGUCUCCAGGUGUACAUACCACCUCCAUAGUUCGGGGCAGUUUGUACGUCACAACGCGAACAAUAUAGGGUAACAUAAAAAGAUAUCGGAUAGCUUAUUACGUUUGUUUAUGCAACACUCAGGUGGGGUAUGAUUGGAGUAAAAAAGAGUAUCUGCGUCCGGCAUCUGCGGGAGGCUGCCCAUAUGCAAAUCGCUGCCAGUUGAAGCAAAUGAAUAUGACUCAUGAACUCGGUUAUUCCGUUAAUCUCAUGCCUUUCAACAUCAAUAUUCAAUUCUGGCUUGAUAAAGU